UUGCCUGCCGCCAUGAAUCUGACAGCUCCUCUGCUGCUGCUGCUGCUCACUGUUUGCCUCGGCAGCGGUGCACUGCUGCCCAAGGCCUUGUGGCAGUUUGGGAAGAUGAUCGCGUGCCCCCAGCCCGGCACGAACCCUCUGGACUACAACAACUACGGCUGCUGGUGUGGCUUCGGUGGCAGCGGGACGCCCCGGGAUGAAUUAGACAUGUGCUGCAAAGUCCACGACAAAUGCUACGAAGCGAGCAGAAAGGUGCCGGGAUGCACGGCCAUCGCUGACCUCCCCUACGUCCUGGUUUAUGAUUUCACCUGCUCGAGCCGACAGGUGACGUGCUCAGCGACCAACAAUAAGUGCCAGGCUGCCGUGUGCGAGUGCGACCGCGUGGCGGCUCACUGCUUCGCUCGGACCGCGUACAACCCCGAAAACAAGGACCUGGAUUCCAAAGUCCACUGUGUCGACUGA